UGCAUGAACGUUUCACUUUUGUGUUUACAUUGUUAUUUUUUCGGUUUGUUUCUGGUUGGGGUUGGAUCCGGUUCUGUUAUUUCCCUAUUCCUAUAUUUUUGUAGAAGUGGAUUUUAUUGUAUUUUUUAUAAGAAGAAAUUUUUUUGAAAAUUAACAAAAACAGCUAUUUUUAAUUUAAUUUUGUUUUUUUUUAAAUUAAUGAUUGUAUUAUUACUCAAUUUUUAAUUAUUUCUCGAUUAGGGUUGUUCCCCGUCCCGUCCUCCCCGUGGCGCUGCCUCCCCGAAAAUUUUCCCCGUGGCCCUCCCCCUCCCCCGUCAGGGAACAACCCUAUUCUUGAUGUCGAUUGAAAAGCCUAAAUUGCUGGAACGUGAUGAAUCCAAGUGUUUGAAUAUUUUUAUUUCUAAACCUAUUGAGGGGAAAAAACAGAAAUUAGAAAAUAUUAAAUUUAAAAUUAUAAUUUUUUCAUCUAUUUUUAACUACAGUUGA